AUGAGGCGUAUGAAUGACUUCAAUCUUAUGACCGAGUUUGUGGUUCAGAAUCCACUUGGCCGUAAUAGAUACAAGGAUGUUGGUUGUCUCGACAAUUUUCGGGUCAUACUUACCAUUGGAAAUGUACAAUACAUUCAUGCAAACUAUGUUUCCACACCAGUCAGUGCGAAAAGGUUCAUUUGUACUCAGGCUCCUCUACCCAAGACCUGUCCUGAUUUUUGGAACAUGGUCGUUCAAGAGAAAAGUGUGGCUAUACUCAUGUUGUGUAAUUUUAUUGAACAGAAUGCAAAAAAGUGCGCGGAAUAUUUUCCCACACAGGAAGGACCUCCUAUGGCUUUUGAGGGCGACGUAUAUGUGUCGUUUAGAAAGCAGGAGAUGUUCAACUUUCCUUUCGAAACCCGUGUUCGGGUUCAGAUUACCCAUUUGGAUGUGACCGUUCCCGGACAACCUAUACAUACUUGUGCCCACUAUCACUGGUUAGAUUGGCCAGAUCGAGGUGUUCCUGAGGCUGACUUGGCACCGGUAGCACUACUUGGUAAACUUAAGGACAGUAUAACUCCGAUAAUUGUUCACUGCUCGGCAGGCAUUGGCAGAACCGGCUCAAUAGUGCUCAUUCAACACGCCUUGGAACUUCUGCAGCGGAAUCAACCUUUAUUGGAGAUCUCCACGUAUUUGUUGGAGUUACGUAAACAAAGAAAUAAUAGCAUACAGACAGAACAUCAAUACCUAUAUAUUCAUCAAGUUUUAUUGUUGUACCUGAAACACGCCAAAUAUCUGGAUGACAGCGUAACACCGCAUCUGGAGGCGUUUGCGAAAGAUUACGCUAAAGCCACCAAAGGAUUCUGA